AUGAGUCGAUCGAGACGAGAGUCGAGUCGAGAGCUGGCACUUGUUGUUUGAGUUCUUGUUGGGUUUUGUUUAUCAUCUGGCGGAGGCUGCGUGUGUGCCGUUCUCGUCUUAGUUUACAAUAGUACUAGUAGUAGCGAUACAGACCCCCCAGCAACCAUGUUGUGCAGAGACCAAGAAUGCCGGACACCAGGUUCAGGACAGAAAAGCAGCCAGUACACACAACUGUUGUCCUCGCCCUCCUCACCCUCAACAUCCAAGAGCUCGUUCAAGAUUGCAGUAGAGGGAAAUAUCUCCAGCGGAAAGUCGACUCUUCUAGAACUCUUCAACAAGCAGUCUUUCGUUGAGACACUCACAGAACCAGUUGAGAAAUGGAGAAAUCUCGGCGGGAGUAAUAUACUGGACCGAAUGUAUCAAGACCCUAAGCGCUGGUCGUUCACCUUCCAGUCGUACGUCCUGCUGACAAUGCUACAAGUACACCACUCACAGCAGUCCAAGCCACUGGCAGUGAUCGAGCGGUCUGUCUAUAGUGCACGGUACUGCUUUGUUGAGAACCUCAGAGCCAGCGGUGUCAUGGAUGAGACGGAGUUUGCUUGCUACACGGAAUGGUUCGAUUGGAUCAUGUCCCAGCAGCGACCGCAGCUGGAUCUCAUCGUUUAUCUACGGACGUCUCCAGAAACGUGUUACGAGCGGCUGCUGCAGCGUGCCAGGGCUGAGGAGGCCCCUGUGUCUUUGGACUACUUGAAGUCCCUGCAUUCUCGCUAUGAGAACUGGCUGGGUUCCAAUCGCUCGUGGCAUGGCAACACUCCUGUCUUGGUGCUGGAUGCUAACAAAGACGUGGUGCAGAACAAGGAUCUGCACAACGAGAUGAUGGAGCAGAUCACAGCGUUCCUGACCAAGCUGUCUCCGGAUGUUCUCUCGCCGCCCCGUGUACCCAGUGGUGUUUUCUCGUCGCCGCAGAAGAAAGCGGGCACCUCUGUGCGCACGCCUCUCGCCGAGAUCAACCAAUAAUGAUAGCAAGCAAAAUCCGCAAUAACCUUUCUUCCCCUCCUUGUAUUUUUAGUUUGCCCUUUCCAGAAGGGGACGUUGAGAUCCAGAAAAGUUCAGUCUUGGUAGGUCUAUUUCUACAUGUAUUUGACAUCCUAUUCCUGUUGUCUUUCUUGAUCUCUCCUCUAGAUUCUUUCAAUUCUUAGCCCUCAUCCCUGGUGGUGACUAGGUAGCGUUCACUAUCAAUGAAUAUUUGCUCCGCGCAAGAGCAACAUUAGUUUAUAUUUAGGUCUGAUGCAAUAUGAAUAGUUUUGUCAUCUUCUUCUCAUUUCAUCUGUGCACAAUGAAGUAGUGUAUAAUAUAUUUAUCUGCCGUCAUUUGCACAAAUUGUUUUUAUCCGUGUUUGCCCAUUUUGUAUUUCUUUCAGUGAUUUCUUUCAGUGACUGCUAGCUACAUCGUACACACGAUUGGAAAUUACUGCUUGCUGGUUAUUAUUAUUUUGCUGUGCAUUGUUAAUAAUUGCUGUAGCAACUAUGUUACUUACUAAUAACACGUGCGGUUUAUUUCUGAAACCGUCUGCUACCAUGGAAUUAUACUUUGUGCGGGUCUUGUAGGAUAGAUAUCAAACCAUUUAGACCAGCAGAACAAUGUUCCAGAAAAGUGCAGUUUCAUAAUAAUAUGUGUCACCGUGUGUGUAUGGAAAAUAAAGUAGAAAAAGGCGAAUCAACUUAUGCUUGCAAAUUCAGGUUUCGUGCUUUUUAUGUGCUUGACUGAAAAGUGAA